UCUCUCUCUUAUUGGCUGAAUCGCCUGCGGCUUCCGACGAAUCCCUUGGAAUUUUAGCAAUAAAACCCCCCGAAAAAUCACAUUUUUUUUCCAGGUAUUUCUUCUGAGAAAUCUCCAGCGCGUUGGAUUCCCGGGCUUCUCAGAUAUGAAAAAUGUAUCAAUCAAAGCCUAUUUCUAGCUUGAAUUCGGCACACAGUAGCUUGAUGCCUCAUGAUCAGCACCUAGAAAUGGGUGGAAAUAGCUUGGGUCCUGAUAAUGGAUUGAACAACUCUAAUUCUAAUGUGUCCUCAAGGCAACGCUUGCGAUGGACACAUGAGCUUCAUGAACGAUUUGUGGAUGCUGUGACACAACUUGGUGGGCCAGACAGAGCCACCCCUAAAGGUGUCCUUAGAGUCAUGGGUGUACAAGGUCUGACUAUAUACCAUGUCAAAAGCCACUUGCAGAAGUAUCGAUUGGCAAAGUAUAUUCCAGAUUCUUCAUCUGAUGGUGUAAAAGCUGAAAAGAAAGAUUCAGGAGACAUCCUUUCAGGCCUUGAGAACUCUUCGGGUAUGCAAAUUACUGAGGCAAUUAAGUUGCAAAUGGAAGUGCAAAAACGACUUCAUGAACAGUUAGAGGUCCAAAGGCAGUUGCAACUAAGGAUUGAAGCUCAAGGCAAAUAUCUGAAGAAAAUCAUCGAGGAGCAGCAGAGGCUAAGUGGCGUGCUUGCUGAUGCACCUGGCCUUAGUAUCCGCGAUCCCAGUUCUGGUGAUCGAUGCCAGGACUCAGACAAGACUGACCCAUCAACUCCUGCUCCAACGUCAGAAUCUCCACUUCCCGACAAGGCUACAAGUGACCCCGGAGGUGCAAGUACCCUAUUCAAGUCCCUUUCUCACGACGAGUCUUUCUCCUCCCGUCGUGAGCCGCUAACACCAGAUUCCGGUGGCCGCAAUGCAUCUCCGUCCAACAGCCCAAACCACAACAGGCCAACCAAGAGACAACGAGCAACUACCGGCUCCGAGCCAACUAAACCAGAGUUGGUACUAGCACACCACAUAUUUGAAUCAAGUUCAGCCUCGGAUUUCCUCCAACCAUGCUCGAUAUACUCAUCAGGAACAUCGGCUGGUGAUGAUGAUCGGUUUGCCAAUGCUUCAGGUAGUGAUAUAUGAUGAUGAAGAGUUUAGAUACUGUACACCCGUUUAGAGGAUCAUCAACUUCCUAUCUUUGCUUGUUAAUUUCUGAUGCAUAUAUGAUGCUUCACCAAUGUAGUAAUGUAUGUUUGUAGUAAGUUUGGGUUUGUACCAUUUUCCCUUGUUUACUUCACUUCUGAUGAACAGAAAUGCCUGUAGACACAUUCUAUCUUUUCUAUGUUGUUGAUUUUAUCUUUUCUAUUCAA